CUUGCAUUCCCCGCACGCUACGAAACUCCGACCAUUGCAUUGAAACACACAGGCCUCCGCAGCACCAGCAAACUUCCCUAGGGUUGUAGUAGAGCCACGGUCGUUUUAUUCAUUGUCCGUCUUACCGGAUAUCUAAAUGGAUGGAGCGAGCGAAUGAGGAGACAAGCCUAGUGCCACCGCUACCCCCCUCGACAACACCCAACCCUGAUGCUCCCGUGACGACCUCACUUUCAAACGGUAUCAGCGUCAGCAAUGGCACCGUCUUCCCCCAACCUCGCAAUGCUGCCCUCAAAGAUCGCCCGGUCUCCGGCAUAGUUCCGCCGUAUUGGAGUCACCACCGCAAUGCAUCCCGUGCAUCCCAAAUCUCCCUCGACCAGCCUGCCAUCACCCUAGAAGAUCAUACGGAGGAUCCAGAUUCGGAGACGAGCCGUGGGCUAUGGGCCAGGAGUGUAUCUGUAGACGAUCAUGUUGUCGUCCAGGGGAAAUCCGGUAUAGGUGCAUAUGUGGUGUGGAGUUGUACGAUACAAACCCUUGAGGGUGGUCCCAUCACCGUUCGAAUGAGGUACUCCGAAUUCGACGACCUGAGACAAAAGCUCGAGUCUUCAUUCCCACAUGCGAAGAGCGCGCUACCAGCUUUACCACCGAAGAGCGUUCUCUUCAAAUUCCGACCAGCAUUCCUCGAAUCCCGACGGGUUGGUCUGGAAUACUUCUUGAAUUGUGUUCUUCUCAACCCUGAAUUUUCUAGUUCACCGAUCGUGAAGGACUUCCUAUUUGGAAGGAUGUGUUAAUUCCAUAUGCCGACUGAACUGCCUAUAUACCAACAUAAUCACGAUGUUACGCCCAUCCAUACAUUGCACUGGAGUAACUGGAGCUCUAAGAAAGCGAUUUAACCUGUGCUUUGGCAUGACUAGAUGUCAUCCCUACUACCUAUACCGAAACUAUAUACUUCGAUCAUUGCGUGUACAUAAAGCAACAUCGCUU